UUUUGUCUUAUCAGUCUGUCCAGCAACUGUUUAGGCAAAAAGGGUCUGAAGAAGCUGUUGGAGGUCCUGCCUCGUCUUGAUAGCAUCCAGGAAGUGAACGCCAGUAACAAUGGGAUUGGCAGGGAAGGAGUGGCACUGCUGGCUGGUGCUUUGUGCUCUCAUAACAAUUUAACACAAAUACACAUCAGUGGCGGAGACAGAGAGCAGGUGAUCCUGAAGUUCUGCCCUGACAAAAGGAAAGACAAACAGCACCUAAAGACGUUCAGGAUAAACAACAGCAGCCUCCUGCCAUCCAAUGUAACAACGCUCUGCAGACAAUUAGCGUAUUGUCGCUCUCAUUUGGAGUUAGAUUUGUCUCACAGCUCAUUGACAGACGAGGCUAUAGAGAAUCUGCUGAAGUGUCUGCCCAAGAUGACGUCACUGCAGAGACUCAAUGUCAGCCACAGCAUCAUGUCCACAUCUGGAGCAGUGAUGUUGGUCAGAUGUUUGAACGUCAGUCAGCGGGUCACAUCAGUGGAGCUCAGGCCUCAGAGUGAAUCCUUCAUCUGUUUUGGCAUUGUGAAAGCAGAAGAAGCCAGCUGCAGGUUAACUCAUUGUAGCCUGAAAGGUGAUGAGUUGGAGAGACUGCUCGAGAUCCUACAGCGGGGUCCCCAUCUGUCCAACCUGAAUUUAUCAAGUAACCAACUGGGAGAUGAAGGAGUGAAGCGCUUUCUGGAUUCCCUACAAACGCUUAAAAUCACCAGCUAUGUGAAUUUGAGCGGCAAUGGCCUGACUCAGCAGGGCGUGUUGGAUGUGGUCAGCGCUCUGUGCAACUGUAACCACGUCAGCGGUGGGGAAGUCAGUUUGGGAGCAGAGCAGAAGUGUCUCAUCUGGUUCACACAAUGUGAAGGCUCUGUGAAAAUGCUGAGCGUCAGAGAGAGCUGUUUGGAACAUGACCAUCUGAUCAGAUUAGCAGAGAUCGUGUCUAUCUGUUCCAGUCCGAUCAAACUGGAGUAAGGACACCUCCAUCGCCAGAUACAUUCAUAAUUUAGCUAUUGUCAUAUAA